AUGGGUGUGGGGAAGAGUUGCAGAUUGAGGUGGUUUAACCAGUUAGAUCCAAGGAUAAACAAGAGGGCUUUCAGUGAGGAAGAAGAGGAAAGAUUGUUGGCUGCACAUAGAAUGUAUGGGAACAAGUGGGCUAUGAUAGCAAGGCUAUUCCCAGGGAGGACUGACAAUGCAGUGAAGAACCAUUGGCAUGUGAUAAUGGCAAGGAGGCACAGAGAGCAAAACACCGUGUAUAGGAGGAGGAAGCCCUCUUCUUGUUCACCCAAGGGAUUUGAUGGUAUGAUAAUGAUUAAUGGUUACAACAACCAUCUCAACAAUGCAUGCAGUGAAUCAACUAUCUCAAGUGCCAACAUUGAUGAAUCUGGAUCAACUUGCACUGAUCUCUCUCUCACUCCCUCCUCAACCAUAGUGCGUCCUGGUUUUGGUUUUGUCUCUAGGCUUGUCAGUCCAGUUCUCCAGCACCACCAGCCCUAUGGCCUCCAGAUGGGUAUGAUUACUUUUUAUUAUUUAAAAUUUUACGUACACAAAAUCUUAUCACAGAAUUAAAUAUAACUCUCUAUCGGCUAUCGGGUGAAGUCUACACAUUUGAUGAACGAGGAGCGUUGUAUUUGGUAAUGUGACGUGAUUCUGAAUUCUUAGAUUUUUUUUUCUUGGAUUAAUUACUCAAACAUCU